AUGAUCAUACUUCAUCUACAUGUCAAAAAACCCUCGAUGAACCUCCACGUUAUGCCCUCUGCCAAGGAAGCCAUCCUGCGAACUAUAAGGGCUGCUCAGUAUAUAAAGAUCUACAGUAUCGUAAGAAAUCCAGCUCAAAUAAUAAUAACAAUUUUUUUCGAUAACAAACACUCUAGACCUAAGUCUAACUUUGUAAAAGAUAGUCAUGCAUCAGAACACGUGAACACCGUCUCCCCUACAUCUCCUUCCCUUACUUAUGCUAUGGUAGCCUCUAAUCAAUCCUCACACCCUAAUUCCACUCCAUCAUAUCAAGUUACCUCACCAUCUGCAGAAUGA